GCACGGAGGAAUGGCGGGGGAGUUCAGUGGGGCCCGUAGUGGACUUUCUGGUGAACCAUGCGCCUAGAAUUGAAAGGGGUCCUGAUCACCUUUUGGGCCCAUCAAUUACCACGACGGAAAUCGCUAUCUUGCCUGACUGGACCGCGAGACCGGGUUGCUUCCCCCGACUGCCUGCUGCCUUCUGGAAGAGAUGUAUCGUGUACACAUACAUGUAAAGGAUGUAAGGGCAAGAGGCAGACGCAAAAAAAGAGAGCGCGAAAAAUUCUACAUCGUAUGCAUGGCAUUCCUCAUGUCUAGUGUAGUAGCGGAAAUCCAACAUCAUAUGGAUGAUGUUCCACAUGUGAAGUUUAUUUUCUCUCUCUUCCAUAGUGGCUGUCAUCACUCGUGGAGGAUUCACGCUUCUGGCAUUGACAAAAUGGUCGAACUAGUAAAGUUGUGAGUGAAUCUAGCUGUCAUUGCAGUUGGAUGCAUCGGCAAAUUGCUAAAGCUAGAUUCACACUUCUGUCGUUCGACACAGGCAUCGGCUCAGUACAGUUUGUCUAGUAAUCCCUGCACGGGCAUCGGCUUAGGAUAGUUUUUCUGAUCAUCCACUGUGCUGUGUUUCUCCAGCAACUCUUGAGUGGUUGGUAGUUUAGCAAAGUAAAUGUGGCUAGCAAUUUCUACCAGCAAAAUCUGCAGCCCACUGUCAACUAAAUGUGGCGAAAUCUUCUAUGCGAUAAUCCUCUCCGCAGCGAUCUUCUCCGGGGCAAUCUUCUUCGCAGCAAGCUUCUUCAUCAUGAUUUCAAACUUGGACUUUCUCAAUUGAAUCUGACUGCGACUGCGAUUGCAGUGCGGCGCAUCGAGGAAAGGACAUAUGUGGCUGCGAUUGACAAUGCAAUAUUCUAUGCAACAAUCUUCUGCACAGCUUGGAUAUUCUCGAUUGAAUCUGACCGCGACUGCAGUGCGGUGCAUCGAGGAAAGUACAUAUGUGGCUGCAAUUCACAAUGCAAUCUUCUAUGCAAAGCAUGGAUAUUCUCGACCGAAUCUGACCGCGAUUGCAGUGUGGUGAAUCGAGGAAAGUACAUAUGUGGCCGCGAGUGACAAUGCAAUCUUCUGUGCAACAAUCUUCUGCAUGACUUGGAUUGUCUCGAUUGAAUCUGACUGCGAUUGCAGUGCGGUAUAUCGAGGAAAGUACAUAUGUGGCUGCGAUUGACCAUGCAAUAUUUUAUGCAACAAACUUCUUCGCGGCUUCCCUCCACGGUGCGGUGUGCGUCAAGAAGCGGCUGCCAUCUCGUAGCAAAAAUAACACUUGAUUCCUCUACAACUGAUAGCAAUGUCCAGCAGUUCGGAUAUCCGAUUCCCGAAACCUGCACAUAAAAAUCACAGGCCUCGCUCUUUUUGAAACGCCGUCCUGCAGAGACCAGACCAGAAGUUGUUACCCUACAAAUUUGUGAAAUCUGCUGAGGACAGGAGCAUAUAUGUCAGCCACGAAGACAGGACGCGAAUGUAUAAACACAAAGUCAUGGGGCACAUGGUGCCCCCAACGGAGAAAACGACGUGCUGCAGAAUCGCAGCACACCAUGUCCAGCAGUGUCCUGUGGAAUAGUGGUACAAACCCAGAGGUAGAGCAUACUCACACCAGGACAGUUGCGAGUGAAUCUAGCUGUCGUUGCAGUUGGAUGCAUUUAGAAUAGGGCAAAGUGUGAAUGUACAGACCAAAAGUCACAGGGCACAUGCAUGGGCCCCAACUGAGGUAGAAAACAAUGUGCUGUAGAAACACAGCACAGUGUGUCCAACCACGUCCUGUAGAAUGGCGCGGUACAAUCUAAUCCGAGAGUUGGUGGAUCUGGCGGUACAAAACCCGAGAAUUAGUGGAUGGAUACUCGAACUAUAGAGUUUUCUCAAUCAAAUCUGGCCACGAUGGCUGUGGGAUACACUGAGUAAAACAGCGUCCUUUAGAAAGGUGGUACAAUGUAACCCGACAGUUAGUGGAUAUUUGCACUAGGGGGGUUUCUCAACUGAAUCUGGCCUCGAUCGCAGUCAGGUCCAUUGAGGAAAGUACAAGUGCGCGUGCGUUCUUAGAAUUGCAUACUUAUGCCUACUUGUCACAAAGGUCAGGUUCGAACGGUCGAACCGCGUGCAUCCUAGCAUUACGACGCAGUCCAAACGGCAGGCCACCUGGGCAAAAAAAAAGCCGCCCCACCAGUAAAAAAAGGGAGGGCGACCUAGCGAAAAAAAAAAAAAAAGAAAAAAAAAAAAGAGGGAGGAUGUGGUCAGAAAAGGAAAGGCCACUUGGCAAAGAAAAGGUAGGCCACCUGGGGAAGUUCAAAAAUGGGUUAUAACUUUGGACUUUGAAAUUAUAAUAAUAAUGCCACCCAGGCCCGUGCCCCGUGCCCACUGGUAAAACUGCGUGCUACGCUACCCUCACCAUCCACGUCUUCGAAUCUCUUUUCGAAUGGGUGGAGGGACCAUAGUACCUUUAUUUACAGCAGCAGCCUAGCAAUAGGCGUGCAGCGCAGGUGCUGGUCUGGUUGUGUACUCGGUCAGCAGACGGAAGGAGCCUAAAUGGAUAGAAUCGAAAGAGCACAUUGCAUACUUGAGGAGCAGUACGAAUCCGUCGGAGAUCGGUCGGGUGAGCAGUACGAAUCCGUCGGAGAUCGGUCGGGUGCGACUAACUAAGCCAUCGUUGGCUGCUUAGACAUCCGCCGACUUUGUACCCUUUGGAAAUACAUUAAAUUAUGCCUGAGGAGGGGAAAGAUCUGGCCAGAGCACGCAGACGCGAAGCGAUCUAUCGUCUAUCGCUGGAACAGAUCAUUUGGCCGAAAUCUGGGGGUGUGAUGGUUUCGUGAACCUGGUCAAAAAGAGAGAGCAGUCCAUGCCAUGGUCACACGAACCUGGUUCGUAGGGGAGACCAGCUGUACCUGAUGCAAGCAUCCUGGUACUUGUUGAACGUGUACGACUCUCACAAAAUGGGGUGUACCUGCUGAGUGAGAAACUGUAAAGGUUCAAAUCAAAUUAGCCCCCAAAG